AUGGUAAAGGCUUUUGCGUCAUAUAAUGAUGAUGUUGCAAGAAUUGUUCUUGAAAAUGCUCUAAAAAAUGCCAAGUAUACCUCGCCACAAAUUCAAAAGGAGAUUUUGCAUAUUCUUUCUAGAAAAGUGAGAAGUAAGAUUCGUGAAGAUAUCGGCGAUGCUAAGUUUUGUAUUCUUGUUGAUGAAGCUUGUGAUGAAUCUAAAAGAGAUAAAAUGGCUCUCGUUUUAAGAUACGUUGAUAAGAAUGGUUUUUUACAAGAACGUUUCUUUGAUCUUGUGCAUGUCAAAGAUACAACUUCUUUAAAUUUAAAAAAGGAUCUUUGUACGGUUCUUUCUCACUAUAAUCUUGAUGUUCACAAUCUCCGAGGUCAAGGUUAUGAUGGUGCUAGGAAUAUGCGUGGUGAAUGGAAUGUUAUGGAAAUUGCCCAUUUGAUAGAUCUUGAUGAACUUGAAACCGGCCGAGGAGCUAAUCAGAUUGUUCUUAACAAUCUCAUUGAAGAUGGAGGUAAUUACAAGAUCCGGGGAGAUGUUGAUACUGCUUUUAAUACUCUUAGAUCAUUUCAGUUUGUGUUUAUUUUGCAUUUGAUAAAAGAUAUCAUAGGAGAGUUGAAUAACAGAUUUAGUGAAAAGGCAAUGAAACUUGUUGCUCUCAGCUCAGCUUUUGAUCCUAGAGAUGAUUAUAAGCUCUUUAACGUUGAAUAUAUUUGCACACUUCUAGAUGAAUUUUAUCCUCAAGAUUUCACGGACCAAGAGAGGAUUAUGUUGACAUUCCAAUUACAACAUUAUGUGGUUGAAAUGCCUGUUCAUUCAUAUUUGAAAAACAUGUCAACGAUUUCUGAGCUAUGUAGAGGAUUAGUGGAAACAAAGAAGUCAAAAAUCUACUUUUUGAUUGAUAGGUUGAUUCGUCUUGUUUUGACUCUUCCCGUUUCCAUGGCAACUACAGAAAGGGCAUUUUCAACUAUGAAACUUGGCAAAACACAACUGCGCAACAGGAUAGAGGAUGAGUUUCUUACAGAUUACUUGAGUAUCAGUAUUGAAAAAGAAUUUGCUGAGACUUUUAGUACAGAUUCAAUUAUAGAUGAUUUUUCUUCUCUAAAAGAUCGUCGAGCUCAGCUUUUGUAG